AUGGUGAGUACCUCCAUCCCCCGCAUCAACAUCCUGGUCGAUAUAGAACUAUCGCUCUUGCCAAAGUCAUCACCACGGCGACAACAAGCAAGAUUGCUGACACUUAUUCCUCCAACAGUCUCCAAUCCUUCCAUCAUUCACAGCCGUCCUUCACAACAAUCUUUCGCCGCAUCCGACGACUACUACUCGUUAUCUGGAUCAUCGACCAACAGCAACGAAUCAGCAGCAGUACACGCAGCAUCGCAACAUACAAUCACUCGCUUUCAAACACCACCUUCACGAUAUCGAACACCCCAACAGUCGCGAGACUACUUACCACAGCGAUCGAGAGACAAUCUGUUAGAACAGCAGCAUGCAACAGUCGAGGAGGAAGAAGUUCGCAAGACACCGAUGAGAGGUGAGGGAAAGAGACGAUCAAGUGUAUCUGAGCUUGAAGGUGCGAGUGGAGUUGCGGUUGGUGGAAAGAUACAAGAACCAGCACCCAGUCAACAACGCGAUGCACCAACGCCUGGUGUCGACGACACGCCAUAUAUUCAGUUCGCACUGGACCAGUUGACCAGGGACGAGGAGGUUCGAGGCAGCAGACUGUACCCCGGCACUGGAGUGGGAGGACACGGCAGCUACCCGGCAGGAGCAUGGCCUCUUCCAGCGACGCACCGCUACGAGUCGGUGCCUCAAGAAGAGAAGAAGUCAUCCUUCGAGCAGGUCCCGCAACGGAAUCCUCAAAGAUUGGGCACCGCACUACACCCGCAAUCGUCCGACGAAGCACAAUCACGAGGGCAGAAUGUCUUCAUGGCUGUACCGGAUUCGCAAUACUCGAAGCUCGACUUUCUCCCCGGGAUUCUGAGGCCAAUCCAGCUGGGCGCCUACCUUGCGCUGGUCGUGAUCUUUCUCGCUUGCUUGAUCUUCACAGCGGUCUGGAGCAGGGCCAACACAACUCUGACGGACUACGGCCGCUUUGGAGAUGCGCGAUACUUUGUCUUCCGAUACUUACCAACACUCCUGGGUAUGAUCCUCUUGAUGUGGCUGUUCCAGAUCGAGAUUGCGCUCUACCGCAUUGCACCCUUCAUUGCGAUGACUUCGCCUUUCCCACGGAACAGGCUUGCUGGUGCGCAGCUCCCUCUGGUACCGCAAGGCUUCGUCUUGCCCUACUUCAAGCACUUUAGCGCUGGUCAGCCUGUGAUCGGCGCAUUCAUCCUCAUCUCCUGGCUGCAGCUGUUCACCAUUCCGCUUCUGGCGAGCAGCUUCAACUCUUACCAGCAGAACGGCGUGUGGCGCUGGCUUGCGGUGCAGCCUGUGAUUUGGGUCGCAGUGUCACUCUAUAUCCUCCUGGUCGUCGCACUUGUCAUGUUGCUGUUCUGGCUCUCGCGAACGGCAACAGGGCUGAAGUGGGAUCCUCGCUCUUUGGCUGAUCUGAUCGUUCUUCUCGAGCGGAGUAAUGCUUUCGAUGGCGAGAGCGAGGAUGUCGCUAAACUCGGACAAUGGCGCACCAGUCAUCGACCGAACGAAAUCUUCCACGGCUAUGGUGUUGAGGACAAGCCAGCCCGCAGCUACGGUGUUCAGGAUGGUCGGAUCACCGAGAAACGAUACUCGGACCCGGAAAUGGAUAUUGAAGCAGGACGGAUAAGAACCUCCAAGGAGGCGAUCCUCGCGAGGAACUCUGACAGUAAUCUUGGAAGCCAACAUUCCCGCGGUGGCGCCCUGCCUUGGUUCCUCAAGCCAUUCUUCGCCCUACUCUGGCCGAUCAUCGCGAUCGUCUUGCUCAUCGCCUUCCUCGUCAUCUCUUACCUGCCCUCUACGACCGUGGCCAACGGUUUCGACCCCAGAGUCUCCUCAUUCGUGUCACGGCAAGGAUACAACAACACAAACUUCUUAUACAGCUUCCUCCCGGCCAGCCUCGCCAUGCUCUGUCUCCUCUUCUGGCUCUCCAUCGAUCUCGCCCACCGCCGCCUCCAACCAUUCGCCUCCCUGGCAGGCUACCACGUGGACCACCUCGGCGACUCCGCAGAACGGACCCUCCUCCCCUCCUACCCCGCCGAUCUCCCCGUCCAAGCCACCCUCACCUCUCUCAUCAACACCCACUGGCGUCCGGCUUUGACUUCAUUCACGACCCUCCUCGCCGCCACCCUCCCCAUCCUCGCUGGAGGCGUCUUCUGGGCUCUGUUCUACCCUUCCACCCAGUCCAUACGCGUAACGGCUCAUAUGCCCGCAUACUACGCCCUCUCCGUCUUCCUCGCGCUCUACGCCUUUGCGUACAUCGCCAUCUAUCCGCCUGGAAGCCUUCGCAACGCGCACCUACCACGGGACGUUAACACUUUCGCCGGCGUUCGCGACCUAGUGGCGCAAUCCCGUCUCCUCGAUGAUCUCGCAUUCCGCUCGCCGAGGAGCAAAGUCGAUCUUGUGACGCGGCUACUUUCAGACACGCCGGAGGGGUGGGAGGGGUUAAAGGGGAUGAGGUUUGGGUUUGGGAAGUGGACUGGUAGGGAUGGGAGGGAGUGGGUCGGGGUUGAUCGGGAACGGUGA